UUCCAGAGCAUUGGAGUAGUGUAUGGAGAUAUAGGUACAUCUCCUCUUUAUGUUUACGCAGGCACCUUUGCCCAAGGUAUAAAUCACAGGGAUGACAUAUUGGGAGUCAUUUCUUUGAUCUUCUACACCAUCACUCCCAUGCCUUAGAUCAAAUACGUCUUCAUCGUUCUGCGAGCCAAUGAUAAUGGUGAAGGUACGGGAACAUUUGCCCUGUACUCGCUAAUAUGCCGAUGUGCGAGGAUGGGUUUGAUCCCUAGUCAACAAGCAGAGGAUCGUGGUGUAUCCAAUUUCCAUUUGGAAUUGCCCACCAAAGGCCUUAAAAGAGCACAAAAAAUCGAGUCCAAGUUAGAGAACAGCCAGUUUGCCAAACUUUUUCUCUUGACCAUCACAAUGCUUGGCACAUCCGUGGUCAUUGGUGAUGGUGUCCUCACCCCCUGCAUCUCAGUUUUGCCAGCUGUGGGUGGCAUUAAGGAAGCUACAGCUGCAAUGACAGAAGAUAGGAUUGUUUGGAUAUCGGUAGCUAUCUUGGUCUGCCUCGUCAUGGUUCAAAGAUUUGGAACUGACAAAGUGGGCUACAGCUUUGCUCCUAUACUUUGUGUUUGGCUCGGAUUCAUUGGUGGAAUUGGAGUUUACAACUUAAUCAAAUAUGAUCCAACAGUCAUUAAAGCCAUAGACCCAAAAUACAUUGUGGAUUACUUUAGGAGGAACAAAAGGGAUGCACGGGUCUCCCUAGGUGGGAUCGUUCUUGCCAUAACAGGGACUGAAGCAUUGUUUGCUGGUGUUGGCCAUUUCACAGUUCGUUCCAUACAAAUAAGCAUGUGCACCGUGACCUACCCAGCUCUGAUACUGGCCUAUACUGGACAAGCCUCCUUCCUUCGUAAACAUGAAAAUUUUGUUUCUGAUGCCUUUUUCAAAUCAAUUCCAGGCCCUCUGUAUUGGCCAAUGUUUGUGCUAGCUGUGGCGGCUGCAGUUAUAGCAAGUCGAAUGAUUUCAGGGUCGUUCUCUAUAAUCCAGAAGUCACUCUCAUUGAGGUGUUGUCCUCGUGUCAAAGUUGUUUAUACAUCAGCCAAAUAUGAAGGACAAGUUUACAUUCGUGAGGUGAAUUACCCACUGAUGUUGGCUUGUACAGGGGUUACUGUUGGAUCCAGGACCACUGAAAAGAUUGGCAAUGCAUAUGGGAUUGCGGUAGUGUUUGUAAUGACUUUAACAUCAUCAUUGUUAAUGCUUAUAAGCCGAUCCCUUUGGAAACUCAACAUACUUUUGGUUAUCGCCUAUAUUCUUGUCAUUGGCUCUGUGGAGUUAGUUUAUUUGAGCUCUGCUCUCUACAAAUUUGAUCAAGGAGGAUACUUACAGUUAGCUUUUACCGCAGGCCUAAUGACAGUGAUGUAUGUUUCGAACAAUGUAUACCGAAAAAAGUACAAUUUUGAGCUCGAUCACAAAAUUUCUCUUGAAAGGUCAAGGGAAAUUACUGCGGGCACAAACUUGUGUAGAAUUCCUGGAGUUGCAUUGUUUUACUCAGAGCUUGUCCAUGGUAUUCUACCCAUAUUUGAGCAUUAUGUGGCAAAUGUACCAGCAUUGCUUUCAGUCCUUGUUUUGGUCUCUAUCAAAUCACUACCGAUUAGCCAGGUUGCAGCUGAAGAACGAUUUCUUUUUAGAAGAGUGGAACCCAAGGAGUUAAAUGUCUUUCGUUGUGUUGUUAGAUAUGGAUAUACAGAUAUUCGAAAUGAACAAGAAUCCUUUGAGUGGACUUUAGUUGAAAGGCUGAAAGAGUUUAUCAAAGAAAAUGUAUGGUCGUCUCACGUACUAGUCAAUACCAGGGAGGAUGAAGAAGACAACGUGAGGCAAGUUGAAGAGGAUUGGCAAGAGAUGGUGGAGAAAGAAAUCAAUACAGUAGAUAAAGCAUGGCAAGCUGGUGUUGUUCACUUGAUUGGUGAGAGUGAGGUGAUCGCAAGCAAAGGAGCUGGAACAGGGAAGACGAUUUUAAUAGAUUAUGCUUAUAAUAUCCGGAAGAAAAAUUUGAGACAAAGUGAAAAAGUGUUUGAUAUUCCUCACAGGCGCAUGCUUAAGGUUGGUAUGACUUACGAGUUGUAG